AUGAUAACAGAAUCAAGAGGAGAUUAUAUUGUUAAAUUUGACAAAUUAUUAGGUAAAGGAUCUUUUGGAUCAGCAUUCAUUUGCUAUAGAAAAGGAAAUCCUAAUGAAGAAUUAUGCAUGAAAAUCAUAAAAAAAAUAGAGUUAAAUGAUUCAGACUAAGAUUUUAAAAAGAAACAACUUAAAGCUGAAAUUAAUGCAAUUUAAGAAUUAAAGUUUGCAGAUUGUGAAAAUUUGGUUAAAAUGAUUGAUAUGUUUGAAUUACCUUAGGAAUUAUGCAUAAUAAUGGAAUUAUGUGAUUAUGAUUUAUACUAGGAGUAUAAUCAAUUAAAAUAAAACUAAUAAUGGUUUUCAAGAUUGGAAUAAAUUGAUAUUAUUAGAUAAAUACUAAAAGGAACAAAAAUCUUAAUUGAGAAUAAAUUUGUUCAUAGAGAUAUUAAACCUUAAAAUAUAUUAGUGAAAGUUGUUAAUAAAGGAAAAAAUAAUCAAAGAAAAAUAUAUAAAGUUAAUAUAAAUAUUUAUUAUUUAGUUAGCUGAUUUUGGUUUUGCAAGAACAUUAGAUGACAUUUACAAAAAAGCUGAUUUGACUAGAGUAGGUACUUUUUUAUAUUGUGCUCCUGAAAUAAUUAGAGCUCAAAAUUUCUCUGCUAAAUGUGAUAUAUUCUCUUAUGGAGUUGUCUUUCAUUAGAUUGUUUAUAAAGGAUAAUUUCCAGACAAUUAUUUGAAUUAAUAAUAAAUGUAGAAGUUUCUUACAAAAAUUGAAAAAUAACCAUAUAUAUGCGAAAAAUUGUAAGGAGAUUAUGGUAAUUUGCUUACAGAUUUAAUUUAAAAUAUGCUACUUUUUAAUUAAGAUAAUAGAAUUUCAUUUGAAAACUUAUUAUCUCAUUAAAUAGUAACAUUAUCUCUUCCAAUGUAAUAAGAUUCUCUCUUUAUAUAAUUUGAUAAAAAAUUUAAUCAAUAAGAGAUUGAAAGAUAAAAAAUUGAGAAUAAAGAUAAUAAAUACUCUAAAAUAGAUUAACUUAUUGAUAUAUUUUACAGAAAAUCAAUAUUAUGUAAAUCUGUAGUUAAUUAUAUCAAAAAAGAAAUAAUUGUUCCAAAUAUCGAAUUACUAAUUAUUUAAUAAUUGAUUUAAAUAAUAGGUUAUGAAGAAAUUAAAUUUGGUUUUGCAAUGUUACACUCUAUAGUAUCUGACUUAUAACCUUUUAUUCGAAAUAAUCAUGAUAUUCCUCUUUUAAUUAAUAUUUUAUAAAAAUACUUUGAAGAUUCAAAAACAAAUUAAAGGAGAAGCAAACUUCAUCAAAAAGUUAAAGAUGAAUUUUACAAUUAAUUAAAAAAUUUUUAAAAUGAUUAUAAUACUUUCAUUCUUAAGAUUAAAUAAUAUCCAAACAAUAAUUAAAUUAAAGAUGUUAUUUAAUUUAUGGAAGAUUCAUAAUCAUAAAAAAUAGAAAUUAAUAGAUGUUGUCUAUUAUUAGAAGAAUGGAUAAAUAAUUAGAAAAUUAGUUAACAAAUUAUAAAAUUUGAACAGUAAAUAUACUUUAAUAUAUUAAUUUAGAAAGAUUCAACAAUAUAUUUAAAUUAUCAAGAAAAUAGAGACUAAAUUUGAUAUUGCCAAUUAUUAUUUUAUUAAUCCAAAUGAUAUAUAUGAAAUCAAUAAUGAGUGA